AUGAUCGAGGAGGAGGAGGUUCGCCUGCGGUCCGUCCUCGAGUCAGGACGGCUGGAUCAAGUGGCCGGUGUGCUGGACGACAUCGAGAUCCAGUCGCAGGACCCCCAGCCCCUCCUCAACUGGCCGCACGCGCUGCACCUCCUGGCCCACGCCUACAACCUGAAUCUAGAGGAGGGGCGCUUUCUAUGGAAACGAAUCCCCGAGUCUGUAAAGCAGGGCAACACAGAGCUGCAGUCUGCAUUUCGUGUCCUUGGGGUGCUGUGGAACCGGCAGUACGAGUGCUACUGGCCUGCGCUGUCAGGGCAUCAGUGGAGUCCCGACGUGAAGGCUUUGGUGGAUGAGCUGACGAUUCGGUUGCGAAACAGGGUGGUGGACCUCGUGUGCCAUGCCUACUCCACCAUAUUCGUUGCCAAGUUCGCAGGGUUUGUCGGAUUGACAGAGAAGCAGGCAAUUGCAAGAGCCCAAGAGGCUGGUUGGGAGCUCCUAAGGGACAAGAAAACAUUGAAAGUGAAGCGACCGGCCCCCAGCGCAAUGGCAAGGGACGGAUUCAAGAACUUGCAACAACUCACAGA